AAGCCAAACCGCAACACCACCAGACGCCUGGCGCGCCCGUGCGUGCAGCCGCCGCGCGCGGCCACGGUCCGCUCAACCCGAUGCCGCAGUCGGCGCAGCCCGGCGGCGAGACGCCGCCCAUCCACCGCCUCCUCGAGCUGAUCAAGUCCGAGCCCGACCCCGCCUCCGCGCUCGCCCACCUGGAGCUCCUCGUCGCCACCUGGCCGGCCUACACCCCGCCCCAGCCGCUCCUCUUCCACCUGCUGCGCCGCCUCGCCACCUCCGCCCCGGCCCGCCUUCCGCGCCUCCUCGGCCUCCUCCCGAGCCUCCGCCACCGCCCGCGCUUCUCCGAGCCCGCCGCGCUCGUCGUCCUCUCCGCCUUCUCCCGCGCGCUCAUGCCCGACGCCGCGCUCGCCGCCUUCCGCCGCCUCCCUGCCUUCCUCGGCUGCAACCUGGGCGUCCGCUCCCAUAACGCCCUCCUCGACGCUCUCGUGCGGGCCCGUCGCUUCUCUGACGCCGACGCCUUCUUCGCGUCCCUCUCCCAUGGCGCCUUCGGGCGCCGCAUUGCCCCCAACCUCCGGACUUACAACAUCAUCCUCCGCUCCCUCUGCGGACGUGGGGACCUCGAUCGAGCUCUGAUGCUCUUCGAUUCCCUUCGCCGCUGCGGAGUUGCUCCGGACCGCGUCACCUACUCCACUCUCAUGUCUGGGCUUGUCAAACACAGCCGCUUGGACAUGGCACUUUACCUGCUCGACGAAAUGCCGACCUAUGAAGUGCAGCCUGACGCUGUUUGUUACAAUGCAGUGCUCCGAGGGUGUUUCAGGAAUGGUGAAUUUGAGAAAGCUAUGCGGGUGUGGGAGCAGCUGGUGAGAGAUCCUGGUGCAAGACCCAACCUCUCCACUUACAAUGCGAUGCUUGAUGGCUUGUGUAAACUUGGGAGGUUUAAGGAGGCGGGUGGGGUAUGGGAGAGGAUGAUUGCAAAUAAUCACCAAGUCGGCAUGAUUACCUAUGGGAUUCUGAUUCACGGUUUGUGCCGGUCACGGGAUGUGGAUGGUGCAGCAAGGGUAUAUUCAGAGAUGAUCAAGACUGGGCUUGUUCCUGAUGUUGCCAUAUAUAAUUCACUCAUCAAGGGGUUCUGCCAAGCUGGGAGAGUAGGAGAGGCUUGGAAAUUCUGGGACUCUACCAGUGUUUCUGGCAUCCGUAAUGUGAUAACGUAUAAUAUAAUGUUGAAGGGGCUCUUUGAUGGUGGCAUGGUCGAUGAAGCUAGAGAAUUGUGGGAGCUAUUGGAGAAAGACACUUCGUCCUCUCCUGACAUGGUGAGUUUUGGCACUAUGAUCCAUGGGUUAUGUGAGAAAGGCUUUGCUAACAAGGCACUUCAAAUCUUAGUGGAAGCACAGACCAGUGGUAAAAAAUUAGAUGCAUUCUCAUAUUCAUCCGUGAUAAGGGGACUGUGCAAGGAUGGGAGACUAGAUGAUGCAGUUAAGUUAUAUGAAAAGAUAUCUAUGGAUGACUGCAAACUGAAUCCUCAUAUUUACAAUGCACUAAUAAAAGGGUUCUGCCAAGCAUCUAAAUUUAGUGAUGCUGUAAGAAUAUACGGCGAGAUGGCAAACAAUGGUUGUUCUCCUACUGUCAUCACUUACAACACUCUAAUAGAUGGACUAUGUAAGGCUGAAAAGUAUCAAGAUGCUUCAAGCUUUACAAAGGAAAUGUUGGAGAAAGGUUGUAAACUAGAUGUCAAUACUUAUGCUUCAUUGAUUCGUGGCCUUUGUAGAGACAAAAAAGUUGAUGCUGCCCUUGCUCUGUGGAAUCAAAUUCUUGAUAAGGGUCUUCAGGCAGAUGUCAUGAUGCACAACAUCUUAAUCCAUGGUCUUUGUUCUGCUGGGAAAGUAGAUGAAGCUUCGCGUCUUCUCUCUGAGAUGAAAGAGAAGAAUAACUGCCGCCCAAAUCUAGUGACCUAUAACACACUCAUGGAUGGAUUUUAUGAAAUGGGUUGUUUUGACAAAGCAGCGUCUCUGUGGACAGCUAUUUUAGAAAAUGGUCUGGUACCUGAUAUAAUUUCAUAUAAUACAAGAAUUAAGGGUCUAUGCUCUUGUCAAAGAACACCUGAGGGUGUCCAAUUAUUGGAUGAGGUGCUUGCACAAGGAAUUGUACCAACAGCCAUCACAUGGAAUAUACUGGUCAGAGCUGUCAUCAAAUAUGGACCUAUUCAAAUAUGAUCUUUUAGAAUUCCUCUUGCUUCAGUGUGAUAUAUCCUGUUCAAAGAUGACCUGAACAUACCAUGCCAAUGGAAAUUCGACUCAGAGCACCUGAACAAUCCAGGCCAAUGGAAAUUCGACUCAGAGAAGCAAGCUUUCUACAUUACUCACGAGGCAUCUCAAUUACAUCAUUUGCAAAUUGUAAGGCAGAGUAUUACCAUCUGGUAAGCUUCUGGUGGUGACCCUGUACAUAAAUGACCUGACCAACCAAGCGAGUGAAAAUUAGACCAACCCCCAUCCAUUUCGCCUUGGCGUUGCAAAGUCGUCACUGACAAUUGUAAGAUGGGAGUGUUACCAUCAGCCCAAGGUAAUAAAUGUGCUUGUAUUUGUAAUCAUCUUGAGAACCAGAUCUCCAUCUUGCACCCAUCACUCUCCAACUAAUGUGGAGGCAUUGAACAUGAGAGGGUUUCUGUGUGUCCUUGUGGCAGGGUUACGUCAUUCCCAACCAUUCCCUUUUUUAGUCUGUUCGAAUACCAGAACCGCCUAAAGUGUAACACUGGCUGAUUAUUUCAAGGUCAAUACAUAGUCUUCCAGUUGACAAGAUGCUCAGCAGAGAAUGACAUCGCUUAACUUCAUCGCA